AUGGUCAACGCAGCCGACAACAUUACAUUAUGGAAGUCCCGUCUUCAGAAUUUGACAGACCUUCAAGUCCCUACAGACUAUCCUCGGCCAUUGCCUGCUCGCACUGUUGAAGAAGUUCAGACAUUUGAUCUCUCGGAGCAAACAUUGUUGAGUUUGGCUCAAUUCUCCAUGAUUCCCUCUCAUCCUACACCUUUCUCGGUCAUUCUAGCUGCAUUCUCUGUGCUUCUUCAACGUUACACUGGCGAUGAGGAAUUUGCUAUUGGCACUUCAUCUCCUACUGGAAAUCCUCUCUUAUUAAGGCUCAACAUUGACCCAGCAAGUACACUAUCUAGCAUUAUUCAAAUGGUGACAGAGGUCGAGCAAGAAGCUUUAGAGCAAGAGGUGCCUUUUGAUCUACUCUAUGAAGCCAUGUACAAGGACACAGACCCUGACAGCAGACGUCCUCUCUGUCGUGUUCGUUUCUAUAAUGAAAUUGACACACCUUCUCAACACCAUUUGGCCAGUAGCUCUGCCAGCUCAGAUUUGACUGUGUUCAUCUCCUCUCCCGAGCAAUCCGCGUCGCUUAGAACCUCCUUCCUCCGUCCUGUUUCCAUCCGUGUUGUAUAUAACCAAAUAUUGUUCUCUCCCAGACGCAUUGAAUACCUCUUUUCUCAAUUGGCUACAUUGAUUGAAACGGGCGCCAAGUCUCAAGACCUUGCUGUGGGUCAAAUCCCACUCUCUGACUCUGGAUCUGAAGGUUCACCACUUCCUGAUCCCACUUCUGAUUUGCAUUGGUCACAAUGGAGAGGCGCCAUCACGGAUAUCUUCUCCGCCAAUGCCAACAAGCAUCCUGAGCGUACCUGUAUUGUGGAAUCCUUGGAUGGAUCAGACGCUACUGUCACUUACAACUAUCAGCAAAUCCACCAUGCUUCCAAUACAGUCGCCCACUAUCUGGUGGCCAAUGGUAUCCAAAGAGAGGAUGUAGUGAUGAUUUACGCUUACAGAGGUGUUGACCUCGUUAUUGCCAUCAUGGGUGUGCUUAAGGCGGGUGCUACUUUUAGUGUUAUCGAUCCUGCUUAUCCUCCUGCUCGUCAAGAAAUUUAUCUUUCAGUCGCCAAGCCCAAGGGUUUGAUUGUCUUGCAAGAAGCCGGUAAGAUUGCUGAUUCUGUCAGAGAGUACAUCAAGAACGAGCAAGAUAUUGUCUGUGAGAUCCCCAAUCUUAAGAUUGGCAGAGAUGGCCAUUUGUCGGGUGGUGCAGUGUCUGGCGGUUCUGAUUUGUUGGAUAGCGUGCGUGCCAAGGCAUCUCAAGAUACUGGUAUUGUGAUCGGUCCUGAUAGCAUUGGUACAUUGAGUUUUACUAGUGGCAGUACGGGUAUUCCCAAGGGUGUCAGAGGCAGGCACUUUUCAUUGACCCAUUUUUACCCCUGGAUGGCUGAGACUUUUGGCAUCUCGAGUCAAGACAAGUUCACUAUGCUCUCUGGUAUUGCUCACGAUCCUAUCCAACGUGACAUCUUUACGCCUCUCUUCCUGGGCUCUGAAUUGCAUAUCCCUACCUCUGAGGACAUUGGUAUCCCCGGCCGUCUUGCUGAAUGGAUGCAUAAGAGCCAAGUUACUGUUACUCACUUGACACCAGCCAUGGGUCAACUCUUGUCCUCUCAUGCCCAAGUAGAGAUCCCCUCUCUGAUCAAUGCCUUCUUUGUCGGCGAUAUCUUGACCAAGCGUGAUGCUGCUCGUAUCCAAAAGUACGCACCCAAUGUCGCUGUCAUCAACAUGUAUGGUACCACUGAAACGCAACGUUCUGUCUCUCAUUUUAUCGUGCCUGCUCGUUCAUCUCAUCCUGCCUUCUUGAGUUCUCAAAAGGAGGUCAUUGCCGCUGGUAAGGGUAUGGUCAAUGUACAGCUUUUGGUCGUCAAUCGUCAUGACCGUACCAAGAUGUGUGGUGUUGGUGAGAUUGGUGAGAUCUAUGUCCGUGCGCCAGGUCUCGCUGAAGGCUAUCUUCAACUGCCUGAAGCUACUGCUGAAAAGUUUAUACCCAACUGGUUUGUUGCUAAUCCUUGCCAGGACGAUGGCGUGGAUGAGUCAUGUGUGGAGGGCGAUGCUUGGAAGCAGUUUUACUUGGGUAAGCGUGAUCGCAUGUACCGUUCUGGUGAUUUGGGUCGCUAUCGUCCUGAUGGCAAUGUCGAGUGUACUGGUCGUGCUGACGAUCAAGUCAAGAUCCGUGGUUUCCGUAUUGAGCUCGGUGAGAUUGAUACCCACUUGUCCCAACAUCCUUGUAUCCGUGAAAAUGUCACCUUGGUGCGUCGCGACAAGAACGAAGAACAGACGCUGGUUGCCUACUUUGUGCCCAAUCUAGCUGGAUCUGAAGGUGAUUUCGCCAGCGCCACUGAAGGCGAGGGUGAUUACGACGAGAAUGAUGUGCGCUCCAACCAUCACUUCCGCAGACUGAUCAAGCACGUUCGUGAUUACUUGAAGCAAAAGCUGCCCUCGUACGCUAUCCCUGCUGUCUUUGUUCCUCUGGUGCGCAUGCCUCUCACUCCCAACGGCAAGGUGGACAAGAAUGCUUUGCCCUUCCCUGAUACUGCUCAAUUCAACAAGAACGCUCCUGCACCUGAGGCUGCUAGCAAUGCAGAGCUUCCUCCCAUGUCACAAAACGAAGCCGCCAUCCACGCUAUCUGGAAGGACCUCUUGCCCUCCUCUGACCCCGUUAUUGGUCUCACGGAAAACUUCUUUGACAUUGGUGGUCAUUCAUUGAUUGCUACGCGUCUCAUCUUUGAAAUCAGACAGAAGUUCCAAGUGGACGCUCCUCUUGGCCUCGUCUUUGCUGAACCUACCAUUGCUGGUCUCGCUCGCGAAGUCAACAAGCUGCAAAACAGUGAUCUCUUGCUUGAGAGCAACAUGGAGCAACAGCCUGAAGAAAAGAAGGAAGUGGUGAACUAUGCUGCUGACCUGGAGCCUUUAGCCAAGGAGUUUUUGGCCGAAUCCUAUGGUCCUUUGGCUGCGCCUUCUAAUGAGGGUCGCACCUUUGUCUUGACCGGUGGUACUGGUUUCUUGGGUGCUUUUAUUCUCGACAAGCUCCUCAGUUACAAGGACACCAACAAGGUGAUUUGUGUCGUGCGUGCCAAGGAUAAUGCUACAGCCUUUCUACGUGUCAAGCAAGCCUCUAUCGAUCAUUUGCUCUGGAAUGAUGCUUGGGAGAGUCGCAUUGAAGCUAUCUGUGGUGAUUUGGGAAGCGACCGUCUCGGUCUGUCUGAGAAGGAUUGGUCUCGCUGUGCCUCUGGUGCUGAUGCCGUAGUUCAUAACGGUGCUCUUGUUCAUUGGGUCUAUCCUUACCAUCAAUUGCGUGCUCCUAACGUCGUUGGUACACUUUGGGCUAUGCGUUUGGCUACUGAACAACGCCAAAAGUCGUUCCACUUUGUCUCCUCCACCUCCGUUCUUGAUACGCCUGCUUUCCUCGAAACCGGUGCUCCUGUGUCUGAAGACAACAACCUCGAAGAUGGUCGUUUAGGUCUCGAAAAUGGUUAUGGUCAAAGCAAGUGGGUUGCUGAAAAGCUGAUCUUGGAAGCCAGAAGCAGAGGCAUGCCUGCUACCAUCAUUCGUCCUGGCUAUAUCUUGGGUGAUUCUCGUUCAGGUGUGACCAACACAGAUGAUUUCAUCUGGCGUUUGUUAAAGGGAUGUGUUGAACUCGGUUAUCUUCCUGCCAUGUCCAACGAUAUCAAUUGCUGUGCUGUUGACUAUGUAGCCUCUGUAGUAGCAGGUGCUGCUUAUCACGAUCAAGAAUCUACCAAGUUGGGUGUGCUUCAAGUGACUCAUCCUGCUGGCUUCACUUACAACGAAAUGUUUGGCUCCUUGCUCACUUAUGGUUACCAAUGCCAGCAGACCGAAUACAUUGACUGGAGAAACAAGCUGAUGGAGUACACCCUCAAAUCUCAGGAUCACUCCUUGUUCCCUCUCCUUCACUUUGUCCUGGAUGAUUUACCAACUUCUACCAAGAGUGCUCAAUUGGAUGAUACACAUACUCAAGCUGUAUUGGCUCUUGACGGUGUCAAGCAGCCUUUGAUGGGCGAUGAGCUUUUGGGUCUCUAUCUUGCUUAUUUGAUUAAGGUGGGCUACAUGCCUCAACCAUCUGCUGGCUAUCGUGCUUUGCCUGAAUUGAAGGCUGAAGUUACCUUGUUGAAGCGUAGUGGUGCCAAGCAUUAG